AUGCCUCCCAUAGAAAGGGAUGCCCCAAGCCAGGUGUAUGGCAGCCUGAGACAUCAGCAUUCCGGUUCGCUACCAGACAACAGCCGUGCCUUGGUACCAAUGUGGGAUAGUUCUGAUCCCGAAAGGGCACCACCACCUCUGCCUCUUAACCCUAAUCCUCACUCACCAGGCCUUGGCUCUCCGUCGAAGCCAGGCACCUCAGCGGCCAUCCAGUCAGCACAUGCGGCUCUCACCGAAAAGGCCCGUGAGAACGCCCUUAACUCUGGCCCUGCCCCAAAACGGAAGAGUGAAGUCUCGCCCGAGAGGUCAUCUCUCAUCAAGACCACACCGGCCCACCGCCGCAUGCAAUCUCUGCAGCCCAGUACGGUACGAGAAUUCGGUCUCCUGCUGGAGAAUGGCACUGGUGGCCGCGAUUCUAUUUCAUCCACCCCACAGUCUAUGGAGAAGUUCCCCCGGCCGGGCACACCAAAGGAUCCCUUCAGCGACUUCAGAAGCCCCGAAGAUGCCAACAGACAAAACGCCCUCGCGCUCUCUCCAGGACCCAGCUUGACACCAAUUGUUCGACCCAUCGCUCGUCGAUCUACACAGAGCAUUCUCGGCGAGAACACCCCUCCACAGUCUGCAACGAUGCUGGCGCUGCAGAACAUGUCCACCCCAACACGGGAGAAGACGGCAAGGGAAUUGCCCAUACCGCAGCCUGCUCCUGCUGCCACUGCCAGAGAAUUACCCGAAACCCCUCUUUCAAACGUAACAAACAACUCAAACGCCCUGGUCAGGCAACAGCAAUCCCAGCCUUCCGUGGCGAUAGACUCACUCUCGCAACAGAUUCUUAGCCUUACGAAUAUUGCCACUUCAUUGCAAAAGGAGAUGGCACAGCUAAGCCGUAGGAGUCGGGACAAUGCGACCGAUCUGUUGAGUCUCAAGGAGGCCACGAAUACCAGGGAUGAGGAUAUACGAAAGAGCUUGCGCGACCUCGUCAGCAACACUCAGGAAAUUUCGAAAUCGACAUUGAGGGACGCGUACGGCGGAAACUUACUUCUCGACAACAAGCCUCACAGUGCACCAUCCAUAUCAUCCAAGUCUGUGAGGCCUUUUUCACUGCCGCGCAUUCCCUCACCAAACAGCUUCUCCGCAUCCCUGGAUGGUGAUAGGAUGAGCACUCCUUCGCUUUGCGGCAGUGACGGUCCAGCCACGAUGGGUCUCCUGGAGAAGAUUGUGCGCGAUAUGGGCACAAAAGAUGGACAAAAUCUCCUGGUAGGUCGGCUGUCGGAACUUGCGGAAAAGAUGUCUGGCAUGGCAACAGCGGCCAAGGUUGAAGAGCUGUUGAGGCUUGUCAAGACCAGCCAAGAUCAGUCGAUUGUCUUCUCAGGUGGUAGCAGCAAGGGAAACAACAACGGCAACUGGAACCCCCCUCCUGGUAGGCCCAGGAAUUUUAGUUUCGAUGAAGACCCCUCUCCGGCCGCGCGGGAACUCGAAUUCGGUCGAUCUGGACUACCGCCGCCGGGAGCCCGCGCUCUGCCCGACCCCGGUUUCCGCGCAUCUUCGGCUCCACCAGUCGGCGAGGUGGAGAUUAUUACAGAAGAUGUUAUUCGAAGCAUCCGCGCUGUCAAGGAUAGUGUGGCCCAAGGAGGAGGUCUCACUGCUGAGGUCAAGGCUCUUGUCCGGGAGCUUCGAGGAGAGGUACUCGGAAUGGGUCGAGAGAUCGGUCGCAGACUCGAAGAGGUUCAGAACAAGAAACCAAACCGCGACGAGAGUGUGACCCGGAUAGACAUGGCCAAGAUCAUAGAUGAUGGUCUUGAAGAAAUGAAGCAGCACAUGAAUCAGCUGAUGAGGGAGCAUCGUCGCCAAUCUACAGCCGCAUCUCGUGGCCCUGUGGUGGACUACUCGGAGAUCUACAACUCGAUGCGAUCGGCCUUGAAAGACUCGCAAGCCUUGAACAAGCCUCGCAAGGACGAAAUGACCAAGGAAGACGUCAUGCAAGCCAUCCAGGAAGCGUGGGAAACUUACAAGCCCGAUAUACAAGUUCAGCAAAUCGGCCUCGAGCGCGAUGAGGUUCUCGAUUGUUUACAGGAAGGGCUCCGCGAAUACGCGCCUCAAAACGAGGUCACUCCAGGCGCCACCCGUGAGGAAGUUUUCCAGGCCGUGGUGGAGGGUCUGAAACACUUCACUCCGCCGCAAGUCGAACCGCCGAGCAGUCUAUCACGGGACGAGAUCCUGGGAGCAGUUCGUGAAUGCUUGGAGGAAUUCGAAUUUCCUGUUGCCCCAUCGGCGAUAGGUGCCGAGCUCUCGAAGAAGGACAUGGUUGAUGCGGUUCGAGAGGGUCUCGAGGGCAUUGAGCUCCCGCAGCGCGAUAACUCACUUGUUCAAAGGGGCAUAGACAACGAGGAGAUUCAGGACCGCAUUCGCGAGAUCAUGCAAGUGAUGCGCGAGGAAUUCCACGCCGUUUCAGAGGAGGCCAAGCAGAAUGUGGCCGCCAACGGUCGGGAUACGGAGCAAGUUCUUGAUGCGACCAAGGACGGUUUCGAAAAGUUGCGCAUCGACAUGGAGAGCUACGUUGACAGGGUUUCUGGAGCAGCUGGUCAGGAAGAGUUUCUUGAAGGGCUCGUCCGCACUCUCGAUCUCUUCCGUGAGGAGAUUUCCGACCUGGUCUCCAAGUCUUCCAACAGCUCUCGCGAGGUCCUUCAGACCGAGAUUGAAAACCUCCGUGAGACGGUCAACUCUUCACUAGUGCCCAUGUCUGUUAUUUCUACAAACAACGGAGGCAGCAACAACAAGGAGGUCCUCGAGGCUCUACAGGAUGGUAUUGGCAGCCUGCGUAACGAGAUGGCUAACCGACCCAUCGCUGGAACCAACGAGGUACUGGAUGCCUUGCAGGAAGGCCUUGAGGAUCUGAAGUCUAGCAUCGAGAAGAUGGCGAACAAACCAGCUGACCUGACGGCGAACGACGAAAUCCUCGAUGCACUCAGGAGCGGACUGGAUGGUGUCAAGUCAGAAAUCGGAACCAUGCGUGAUACGAGCAACGACAAAGCUGUCGCCAUGAUCCCCGACAACAGUGCCGCCAUUGUGCCCCUAGACGUGCUGCGGCAAGACGACAUCAAAAACCUCGAAGGACUCAUAACUCAACUCCGUACCAAAGUUGACGGCAUUGAAACAAGCGCUACCCCUGUGACACCCGUCGCAUCCAUCUCCAAGGAAGACGUGGCUUCCAAAGAGGACCUCUCUGGCAUUAUUUCCAUGCUCGAAAAGCUUCAAGAGUCCGUGACAAACAUGCCUGCAAGCAGUCGAGAGCCCGCCGCAACCGACGCAGCGACGCGAGAAGAUGUGGUGGCUAUCGAAACCAUCCUUCGGAACGCCAAGUCUCGUCUCGAUGACCUCAUGGACGGCGAGCAGGCUGUGCGAAAAGAUCACAUUGACGCCCUCGAAACCAUAGUAUUGGAGAGCAAGGAGUCGCUUGCUGGCCUCGCGGCCAAGCUUGACGGUAGCCUGGAGGGACUUUCGCGUCAGCAAGAUCUCAAGGAGAUCGAGUCCCUGAUCGCCCAGGUUGCCAACGAGUUUGAGGAGAUGAGAGACCGCCAUGACAAACAGCUAGCCGACCCUGAACGAGUCACCAAAACCGACGUUGGCGCCCUCGAAGCGGUUUGUCUGGACGUCAAGAGUGCUGUUGACCAGAUGGUCAAGGCCGACCUCGCAGCGUUGCCCAACAAGGAAGACCUUCAAAAGCUCGAGAACCUCUUGAAUGAUCUCAAGGAGAAGGUUUCUGCAGAUGCCGAAGCCACUGUCAAGGCUUUCGAUGACCGUCAGGCCGAGACUGUUGGCGUCAACGAGAACGUCAAGGAGCUCAAGGCAUUUCUCGAAGAGUUCCAAACUUCUGUCAAGGAGAAGUUGGAGGAAGGAAAGUCGGGUAUGGAUUCGCUCACCAAGCUCCUUGAGGGCAUUGGCGAAACUGCUGGCAAGAGCGCCGGCGUUAGUGACGACCUCAAGGUGAUGUUCGAAGCAGUCAAGAUCGAGUUUGAGGAGUCCCGAGCAGGUGUGGUUGGCGCAAAGCUUGAGACGGAUGAGAAUUUCAAGCAAACUACGGACACACUUUCUGCCAAGAUGGACGAGAAGGUCGGCGAGCUCCUCCUAAAGUAUGAAACCUUCCAGACCGAAAUGGAAGAGCGCGCAAAGAACGGCGAGGCCCGCGACCUCGGCCUUGAGGAAGCUGUUAUUGGCACCAAAGCUGUGGCGGAGGAACUCAAGACUCUGAUUGAUACUCUCGGGGCUACCGUCACGGACUCUCUUGAGAAAAUGGAGGAGGCAUCAAAGACCGUGUUCAGCCGGGUAGAAGACCUGGUCAACAAGACGGAUGAGAACCAGGCCGACGCAAAGGUUGAGCAUCAGCUCACACGCGACGAGAUCAAGCAGGCAUACGGCGCCGUCGAAGGGUUUCUUACCGACAAAGUUUGCGAAUACCAGCCUCAGAUCCUCGAGAGCAUCAAGACCGUCCUUCACGUCGUCAGUGAACACUUUGAACACUCAAAGUCGUCUACAGAGACCAUUCAGGAGAAGAUCGUUGAAUCCAAGCCCGAGCUGCCUAUGCUUCCCCCCAUCGAAAAGUACGACGACACACAGGUUAUCGAGAGGCUUGAUAAGCUGUCGGAGAGAUACGAUGCUGCAACUUUGAUGGAAAAGCUGGCGACUCUCAGCGAAAAGUGCGACGACACGCAAGUUAUCGAGAGACUUGAUAAACUCUCGGAGAGAUACGAUGGGGAUGGCGCAGCUCUGAUGGCAAAGCUCGACACUCUCAACGAGAAGUGCGACGACACGCAAGUCAUCGAGAGACUCGAUAAACUCUCGGAGAGAUACGACGGUGAUGGCGCAGCUCUGAUGGCAAAGCUCGACACUCUCAACGAGAAGUGCGACGACACGCAAGUUAUCGAGAGACUCGAUAAACUGUCGGAGAGAUACGACGGUGCAGCUCUGAUGGUAAAGCUUGAGAGUCUCGAUGAAAAGUACGACGGCACGCUCGUUGUGCACGAAAAGAUUGACUCACUCACAUUGAAGUACGAGGAGGGUGCUCUCAACAAUGGAGAGAAGAUUGAUAAGCUCUCAGAGAAAGUUUCCGAUGACAACACAGCUGUUCGCGAGAAGCUAGACAAGCUAGUCGACCACACCGAAACCGCGGAUAAGGCCUUCAACAAGCUCGACACACUGGAGAAGGUUCACCAGCAGGUAUUGAAGACAGCUGCCGAGGUUUCGGCAUUCGUGGCAGCGCAGACACUGCGCAUCUCGGACGAGCACGAAGACCGCGAGAAGACUCUGCAAGAGACCACACUGGCUAUUGAGCGCGGAACAGCACAAAAGGAGGCACUCGACGAGGACAUCACUCGGCUCAGGAAAGAGCAGGAGGAGCUCAGGCUUAGCGUUCAACAGCUACGUGAGGAACAAGAAGAGUUGGCGCGUCAGAGAACGAGGCUCACGGCAGACGUUGCCUCUCUCGAGACUGCUGUCACACUGCGGCGUGAGGAGCUUCGAGAGGUCGAGGACCGUGCUCAAGGUCUCGAGCGGCGGAUCCUGGAAGGUGUCAUGGAUCAUUCACGCGUAAUGCUCAUGGCCAAAGCUGGCGGGUUUACAAAGGGCCGAGACGCAAUGAGCCGCAAGAGAGUGUCGUCAAACCGACAAAAGAAUGGAAACCAAGACGCCAGUGGCGCUGUUGAUGGACGGCCGGCGGGAGCUGAACGCAAGCAGGAUUCCAAGAAGAUGCGUACGGUUCCCAUCAAUAUGGCCAUUUCUACAGCCACAGCCAACCGCAACGGCCUUGCACCGCCUAAUCCCGGACCUCAAGCCCGCCGCAUUGUUUCUCUCAGCCAAAUCAACCACAAUGUGCCUGCUGGCGGUUUCAAGCGUAGCCAGAGUGUUCGCCAGCCAGGUCGACCGGGCAUGAGGAAGAGCAGCUGGGCGGGUGGGCGCGACUCGACACCAGUGCCUGCUAUCCCCAAAGCAUACGGAGAUAUGAAUUCGGACGACAAGGAGAACAGUGUUCCCAGGCGCGUCAGCGAGGACGGCCGAGAAGACGACGCCACUGUACAGCCUACACCUCAUGAGGCCGCCAUGGCAAUGGUCUUGGCCGAUCAAAUCACUCCCCCAGCCACAGAGCUGGACCUGGACCUGGGUCAAGACGACGAUGUAGCAUCUCAACACAGCGAGGCUGAUACACUGCGUCGGACUAGCAUGGGAACCUCUGUCAUCACGGCGGAGAGUUCGGUCGCGGGCACGUAUGACGGCUCUGGUAGCGACCGAGACAGCGAGGACUAUGAUUCGGAGCUGGACGACGCCUCAAGCCAGUGGACAGAAUCUCAAGUUGGAGUGACGCCGAGCGAUGUAAGUGGCACUGGGUCAGAGGUUGUUUUGUACGAGACUUAG